UAUAUAUAUUGCUUCGGUGGUCAUCUUCUUCCUGUGUCUCGUCAUCUCUUCUGCUUUGCUGUUGCAGCCAAAGCUUGUCAUUCCCAGCUUCCAUGGCCGCUUCCAAUCUCUCCACCUUCUCUUCGUCACUUUCAAAAACCUCUGCUUUCCCUCUAAACAAGUCUCACGCCCACACUUCUUUCUCUGCUCAAACCCUCGCGAACGCCUCUUUCUUUCUCAACCCGAAUGCUCCUCACAAAUCCUCUUUCGUGCUUUCUUCCAAAAACCCACUUUCUGAUACUGUCUCUGUAAAUAAGCAAUACCCAGAAGUUCAAUUUGAAGAUGCUGAUGAUGACGAAAAGCCUCGCGAGGAGUGUGGCGUCGUGGGUAUAUACGGCGACCCAGAAGCUUCUCGUCUCUGCUAUUUAGCCCUGCACGCUCUGCAACACCGUGGACAAGAAGGUGCUGGAAUUGUCGCUGUGAACAAGAACGUGCUUCAGUCGAUAACUGGUGUUGGGCUUGUUUCCGAUGUGUUUAACGAAUCCAAGCUCGAUCAAUUGCCGGGAAGUUUGGCUAUAGGGCAUGUUCGAUACUCCACUGCAGGUCAGUCGAUGCUCAAGAAUGUUCAGCCCUUUGUUGCCGGGUAUCGAUUUGGGUCUGUUGGGGUUGCUCAUAAUGGAAAUUUGGUGAAUUAUCGAACGUUGAGAGCGAAGCUUGAAGAUAGUGGGUCGAUUUUUAACACCAGUUCUGAUACUGAGGUUGUGCUCCAUCUUAUUGCUAUUUCAAAGCACAGACCCUUUAUAUCGAGGAUUGUUGAUGCCUGCGAGAAGCUUGAAGGGGCUUAUUCUAUUGUUUUUGUUACAGAGGAUAAGCUUGUUGCAGCGAGGGAUCCAUUUGGGUUUCGACCAUUGGUUAUGGGAAGAAGAAGUAAUGGUGCUAUUGUUUUUGCCUCUGAAACUUGUGCUCUUGAUUUGAUCGAAGCAACAUAUGAAAGGGAGGUUUUCCCAGGUGAAGUAUUGGUGGUGGACAAAAAUGGGCUUCAAUCUCUGUGCUUAAUGCCUCAUCGACAACCAAAACAAUGCAUUUUUGAGCAUAUUUACUUUUCUCUUCCCAACUCUCUGGUUUUUGGAAGAUCAGUGUAUGAAUCUCGGAGAAAAUUUGGUGAAAUUCUUGCCACAGAAACCCCAGUGGAUUGUGAUGUUGUGAUUGCAGUUCCAGAUUCUGGUGUGGUUGCUGCACUAGGGUAUGCUGCAAAAGCUGGGGUUCCCUUUCAACAAGGUCUGAUUAGAUCUCACUAUGUGGGAAGAACUUUCAUUGAGCCAUCACAGAAGAUCAGAGACUUUGGUGUGAAGCUGAAACUCUCACCUGUUAGAGCUGUGCUUGAAGGCAAGAGGGUUGUGGUUGUCGAUGAUUCCAUUGUAAGAGGAACCACAUCUUCUAAAAUUGUGAGGUUGAUUAAAGAAGCAGGCGCUAAGGAAGUUCACAUGAGGAUUGCAAGCCCACCGAUUAUUGCUUCAUGCUAUUACGGAGUGGACACCCCAAGUUCAGAGGAAUUGAUAUCUAAUAGGAUGAGUGUGGAGGAAAUCAGAGAGUUCAUUGGGUCAGAUUCACUUGCUUUUCUUCCACUUGAUAGCUUGAAGAAGCUUCUGGGGAAUGAUUCUCCUAAUUUCUGUUAUGCUUGCUUUUCUGGAAAGUACCCUGUUGAGCCAAGAGAGCUUAAAGUGAAGAGGGUUGGUGAUUUUGUGGACGAUGGAUUGAAUGGGAGCUUGGAAUCCAUUGAUGGAGGUUGGGUUCAAGCAAACCCGAAUCAGAGAGAGAUCAAAGUGGGAAGUUUCUGAGAAUUGCCAGUGUUUUAAGACUCUGAUCAAGGAGGUCCUUGAGGUAAUACAAACAGUCUAACUAUAGUCGUAGUAGUGGCGGUGUGCUUCAUCUAAUUCAUUUUGAUUCUGAAGAUGAAAUGUGGAUCUUCAGUUUUUGAAUCUGAUAUCUGUUUUUUUUUUUUUUGGGUCUUUUAGAACAGUGGUAUUAUUUCUUAUCAUGAGAUGUUUACUGGGUCCUUGUUUUAAUAUAGGAUGCUUUUAUCAGUUCUAUGAUGUUUAUAUCAGCCCAAGGGUUUUCAAGCCCUCCGUAAAUUCUUUUUACUGUCUUCCUUAAGAAGAGCAAAAUAUAAUUCUACAUUCUUUUA